CAGUCGAUUUUGGCGUCCCAGCGGAGGCCAUUGCUGGCACGGUGAACAAACUUUGUUCUAUGGCCUUGCUAUCGAACGCAACCGAAUCGAAAGUGUCUGUCGAUGUGGACAGGAUGAACUACCUAUUGUUGACAGAGGAUCAGAAUGUUUCGAUUCCACUGGCCAAGCCCGAAUUACUUUGGGGCAAUGCGUUGUUCAAAAAAGAAUUGGAAACCGUAAUUUUGGUAACAGGUUGGAAAACAAACAUCGAGUGGGAUCGUGGAAUGAAACCAAUUAAAUCGAUUUUCAACGCAUACCAUAAACGUGGCGGGUACAAUUUCAUCGCGAUCGAUACCGCCAACUUCGUAGAUACGUUGUACACUUGGUCAGCUUUCAAUACCAACGAUAUUGGUGAAAAGUUGGCCGAAGGAUUACAAGAGUUUAUCAAGACCGUUGAUGUGGCCAAGAUUCACCUGAUCGGUCACAGUUUGGGGGCUCACAUUGUCGAUGCCGCUGGAAGGCACUUCCAGGCCUUGACAAGUAAGAUGAUUCCCAGAAUCACCGGACUGGACCCAGCCAAUCCGUGCUUCAACGAAGGAGAAGCCUUGAGCGGGAUCUACCGCGGCGACGCGGACUUUGUCGACAUCAUUCACAGCAAUUCGAUGGUACUAGGAAAACGUGAUCCCAUCGGCGACGUUGACUUUUACCCGAAUGGUGUGGUGUCUGUGCAACCUGGUUGCAUGAAUCCGGCGUGUUCCCAUGCGCGGGCCUGGAGAUUGUACGCGGAAACGGUUUAUCCGGAAAGCGAAAAUAGCAUGCAAGCGGUCAAGUGCAAUUCCCUGCUGGCGGUUCGGCUUGGGUCGUGCCGUGGAAAGCGUAUCCCGAUGGGAUUUGCCUGUCCCAAAACGGCCAAAGGAAACUACUUUUUGGAGACAAACAAGGACAGUCCGUAUGGGAAAGAUGGGAAUCAAUGAAAAAGUUUAAUAUCCACCGGAAUUAAAAAGGUAUUCGUUGUUUUUUUUACAAGAUUUCAGAA